AUGCGACGGGCCGAUCUAAGCCUGGUCGCUUGUAAGCUACGUCUCCUCCAAUUCGGCCUUAUAGAUGCGGCAAAUUAUCUCGACGAUAUUACAGCCGAGACUACCGAUAUCCAAGUCGAUGAUGAUGAAAACCUUUCCGACGGGGAAGAAAGCUCAGCGCUUGACAAAAUAACUCGCAUGAGAGAAGUUUAUACCCAAACAACGUUAAAGAACCAUAGGGUUGGAACCGCCGACAUCAGGAAGGGUAAACAUGAGGGUGCAUCUGAGGCAAGGAGAGAAGUGCUUAAGGACUUCUUCAGGGAAAUAACCAAGGGCAGAGCGUGCGCUACAUGCCAGGCGAUAUCUCCAAACUUCCGAAAGGACCGGUUUGUCAAAAUCUUCGAGAAGCCACUCAGCGCCAAGGACCAAGCCAAGAUGGCGCAGCGAAAUUUCGAGCACAGAGAUGCCUUAGCUAUAAAAAGGAAAUCCAAGGCAACCGUAACCAAGAAGCGUGGCUACGAGACAGACGAAGGUAUCGCUGAUAUUGAUCUACCAUCGAGUGAGGGAGAGCCCGACCAGGAUAAUGACGAAGAGGAGGAAGAAGAAGAGGGAGAGGGCGAAGAACUUGACGAGAAUGGCGAUGUGAUCAUGUCAGAAGGUGGUGAUGCCGCUACCAAGGUCCCCAAGACGAAGAAGGACGCAUCGGCCAAACCUCAGCAGCGUUAUGUCAACUCGAUGGAAGUACAGGCUCGGCUUCAACUCUUGUUUGAAAAAGAGCAAGAAAUAAUGGGCCUUGUUUACAACUCGAGACCUCUAGGGAAGAAACUCCCUGCCGACAACUUCUUCAUCCAAACCUGUUCCACCUAA